GGGGUAAUUUCCAGUAAAAGCUAAUUAACACUUAGCUAGCUGCAGCGCUGGGCGCUCGCGGAAAAUCGCAAUGACUGCCUGCAAGCGGUUACAAACGCAUACGCCACAUCAAUAUCAACUAAGCGCUGCUAAAUACACCGGUGUUCGCAAUGCGGGCCUGGAUUUGCUUAGCGCCGGAUGCCUUUGGAACAUGGCAUCCCACCAAAGGGUUCGCAGCUUAGCUAGGAAGUUAAGAACAAGUAAACAGUACACUUCGCGACCAGUAUUUUGCGCUGUUGUGGCCAGCGGUGAGGCCUCCUCCUCACCAGCCGGCACCGCCACUAACCCAGCCGCCUCCACCUCACCAGCCUCCGCACCCGCACCCUUAGCCGCCCCCAGCGGCAGUACACUUACUACCGGCAAGGAUGUCAUUCUGCGCUACUACCAAGCCUACAAUGCGGGCGACCUGGCCUCCAUUUCCCCGCUGCUGGCGGAGCAGGUGUCCUACCACGACAUGAUCUACUCGCAGCCCUUCGUGGGGCGGCAGCAGGUGCUGACCUACCUGGAAAAGGUUCGCCGCACGGUGCCGUCCGACCUGCGGUUUGUCAUCGAGGACAUCACUGACGGGGACCCACGAGCCGUGGGUGUCAGCUGGCACGUGGAGUGCGGCGGCGGCGAGGGCGACAGCGGGGGUGUGGUGUUCCCCUUCUCCCGCGGCUGUUCCUUCUACACACUCACGCCGGAGGGGCAGAUCAGCAGCGCCCGGGACCUAGUGGAGAGUGCAGUGAAGCCGGGGGGAGCGGCGCUGAGGCUGCUCGCCGCUGUGGCCCCGCUAGUGCGGCGGCUGGGCCCGGCAGCAGCCGACCCCUCCCGGCUGGGGCGGUCGCUGCCCUGGGAGGCGGCGGCGUGGUGGGCCUUCUACGCAGGCUACACGGGGUACAUCAUGCUGGGUCCCUGGGCCCCCGGAGCCCCCGUGUACGCCACCCCGCCGCAGGUCCUAUCCGAGGUCUUCCACGAGUCUCUCAACUUCUUCUACGUCAACAUCGCCCUGGCCGUCGCCCACCUCAACCCAGUCCCCUGCGUGCCCGCCCCCCCGGUGUCUGAGGCGCUCUUCAACUUCAUGGCCGCCUGGUCGCUGGCCGCCCUGCCGUACAUGCUGGCGGACGGACGCAGCAGGAAGCUGGGGGGCGGGGGGCGGCUGGCGGCGUGGUGGGCGGGAAUCAUGUUUCUGACCAACGUCUUCUACAUCCCCUACCUCGCCCUCCGAGCCGCUCCGGAACCCCCUCCACCCCAGCCCGCCGCCUCCUCCUCCUCCCCCUCCCUCUCCCCUUCCUCACCUGAUGUGACCCCCGGCUCCGCCACCACCACCACCACCGCACACCCCCCGGAAGCCGGCACAGCUACAGCUACGGUUGCUGCGGAGGCGGCUGCAACACCACCUACCCCGGCUGCCACGCCUGCACCUGCCAAGCCCCCUCCCG